GCUCACUCGCACUCACACCCGGGCGCAGGAGGCGGGCGGCCGGGCCCCACUGGCCCCCCAUGGACGCCCCCGGCUCGGGGCGCUGAGACCUCCUGGUCGCUGCCCAGCCCGGUCCAGCGCGCCACGCCGAGGGACUUCAGGACAGGACAAGACACUGAGCCUACUCCCCAAACCCCAGCCCAGGACACCCCUACAAAUCCAGCUCACCCCCUAGCCCUCCCACCUGCCACUCCCUGGCCCCUCUCACUGCCCGCCCCCCUUGGGGCGCAGGGCAUGGUGUGAAGGCCAAGUGCUGAGGCAGGCACCAUGGGUGCUGUGCCCUAGGGCUUGGGUGGUGGGGGGUGGGUGGCCUGUGGGUGUGCCGGGGGGGCCUGUGUGCCCACCCCAGUCUCUUGGCGUGCUGGAGUGCAUCCUGGAUGGAAUUGAAGUGAAUGGAACAGAAGCCAAGCAAGCUGGAGUGUGGGUCAGACCCAGAGGAGAACAGUGCCAGGUCACCAGAUGGAAAGCGAAAAAGAAAGAACGGCCAAUGUUCCCUGAAAACCAGCAUGUCAGGGUAUAUCCCUAGUUACCUGGACAAAGACGAGCAGUGUGUCGUGUGUGGGGACAAGGCAACCGGUUAUCACUACCGCUGCAUCACUUGUGAGGGCUGCAAGGGCUUCUUUCGCCGCACAAUCCAGAAGAACCUGCAUCCCACCUACUCCUGCAAGUAUGACAGCUGCUGUGUCAUUGACAAGAUCACCCGCAAUCAGUGCCAGCUGUGCCGCUUCAAGAAGUGCAUCGCUGUGGGCAUGGCCAUGGACUUGGUUCUAGAUGACUCGAAGCGGGUGGCCAAGCGCAAGCUAAUCGAGCAGAACCGGGAGCGGCGGAGGAAGGAAGAGAUGAUCCGAUCACUGCAGCAGCGACCAGAGCCCACUCCCGAAGAGUGGGACCUGAUCCACGUUGCAACGGAGGCCCAUCGAAGCACCAAUGCCCAGGGCAGCCAUUGGAAGCAGAGGCGGAAAUUCCUGCCGGAUGACAUUGGCCAGUCACCCAUCGUCUCAAUGCCUGAUGGAGACAAGGUGGACCUAGAGGCCUUUAGCGAGUUUACCAAGAUCAUCACCCCGGCCAUCACCCGUGUGGUAGACUUUGCCAAAAAACUGCCCAUGUUCUCCGAGCUGCCUUGCGAAGACCAGAUCAUCCUCCUGAAGGGGUGCUGCAUGGAGAUCAUGUCCCUGCGGGCAGCUGUCCGCUAUGACCCUGAGAGCGACACCCUGACGCUGAGUGGGGAGAUGGCUGUCAAGCGGGAGCAGCUCAAGAAUGGCGGCCUGGGCGUAGUGUCCGACGCCAUCUUUGAACUGGGCAAGUCACUCUCUGCCUUUAACCUGGAUGACACGGAAGUGGCUCUGCUGCAGGCUGUGCUGCUAAUGUCAACAGACCGCUCGGGCCUGCUGUGUGUGGACAAGAUCGAGAAGAGUCAGGAGGCGUACCUGCUGGCAUUCGAGCACUACGUCAACCACCGCAAACACAACAUUCCGCACUUCUGGCCCAAGCUGCUGAUGAAGGUGACUGACCUCCGCAUGAUCGGGGCCUGCCACGCCAGCCGCUUCCUCCACAUGAAAGUCGAGUGCCCCACCGAACUCUUCCCCCCACUCUUCCUCGAGGUCUUUGAGGAUCAGGAAGUCUAAAGCCUCAGGCGGCCAGAGGGUGUGCGGAGCUGGUGGGGAGGAGCCUGGAGAGAAGGGGCCGAGCUGGGGGCUGAGGGAGACCCCCCACACCUCUUCUCUCCUUCCUCUCAUCCUCGGAUAGAUUCAGCUCCCACACACACCCCCCACACUGCCCAGGUCCCUCCUCAGACCCUCCAGCCCUGGGACAGGGCAAACAAAUGAACCUGCUUUGAAAAGGACAGUCUGGGGGCUGGGGGAGACCGGGUCCUGCAGUUCCUAGGACCCCGUCCUCUAAUAAGGUAGAGGAAGGAAGGGAGAACUAAGAGGUGACAAGCCAUCUUGACCUUAGGGGAAGGAGGAAGGUGAGAUGGGGGAAGAUGCCCUCAACUCACCACCACCCACACACAAGAGAGAGCCCCUCUCCAGUUUCUUGGCCUAGGUUCCCCCUUCAGGCUGUGGGCCUCUCUACUUUCCCAGAUGCCUGGGUGCAAAGAAAGGCUUGGCUUGGCUCCUCCUCUGGAGGUUAAAAAUUAUAGUCAUUCUAACUGCACUUUGGAAACCAAGCAAGGGGAAAAGAAGAUAAAUGAAGAAAAACUAGACAGAAAAAGACAAAAAGAGCGAGAGAUAGAGAGAGAGAUGAUAUUAAGUUAUUAACCGUGGCUGGCCAGAGGGGAGGACCCCCCUUCCCACCCCCAUGCACUUUGAGAGCUGCCCUUUCUUCCCCCAGAUCAGAGGGAUAUGCCCCCCCCACACCAGAUCCCCAGUGGUAGGGCUGCCGAUCAGAGCUGUGAGUUAACACAACAGGGUCCUGGCCACCCCAUACCCCUUGCCCUGCCCCCUCCCUCUGUGCCCCUUUGGCACCCCUGCCCCAGCCCAGUACUCCCUAUGCUCUCUGCCACUUGUGCCCGCUGAGUUCCAUCUACCUCUCAUGCUGGAUGCCAGCUGGCCCCUCACCAGCCUGCCCUGCCACUCGCACAGCUCCCCUUUCAAGUGCCCAGCCCCGGAGGCCUCCCUCUGUCCUCCCACCCCUUCCACCUUGGCACCCACACGGGAAAGACUGUGGCUCAAGCUCCCUGCCCUCCUCACAACCUGCAGUAUUAGCUAUAAUCGAGAUGCUGCUGCAUGGGGCGGGGGUGUGCGUGAGCUUCUCCCAGAGCCCGCACCCCUUUAAGACCCUAUUUCCAUCUGUCUUCUGGGCUCUCUCUUGACACCUCCGCCCUGCUCUUCCCCACGUUCAUGCAAUGCACUAACCAGACCCUGGGCGGGCAGGCACCAGAAUGGGGGUGCUUAGAUAAAUGGCACUUAGUUGGGGCCCUGGGGGAGGGGGAGCUGGUGCUCCUCAUUUCUUUGCAGCUCUUUAGGCCAGCCGCCCCUCUGCCCCAGGGACCCCUUUCCCUCUUCUUUUCUCUAAUUCAGGGACUUUGGCUUGAGCCACCUCCCACCCUCCUGGUGAGGAGUGCUCUGUUGGUCUGUACUUGGGUGAGCUGCCCUCCUCCUCCUCCCUUUGGCUAUAGCCCACUCCUAAGGGGAGAGAGGGAGGGUGGAGGUGGCCCUUCCAAGGUGGGGAGGUGGGGAGGGCCAGAGCAGACCAGAGGGCCCUGGGCUCACGGCUGCAUGUCGGCAGGGAUGGAUGGGUGGACAUAGAUGCCCCCGGAAGCCAUGGGGAAUGGGGCAGGGGGGUGGGGGGAGGGGUGCCAGGGCUUCCUGCGCUUUGCACUAUUGGGGCAAAAAUGUCUUAAACGGUGGGGAACCUGCCAUCCCACUCUGACCCUCAGCCUGCCACAGCCCCCCCCCAACAUGCACACAUACAUGCACACACGCAUGCAAGGGAAGGUAAAGCUAUGCUGCCCAUCUGGGCAGUCGCCCUCCCCCACCGUUCAGGUGUUCCCGCAGGGUGGAGGGCCUGGAGGAGCAUCCAGUGUCACCUGUGCAUAUGACUGCCCCGCCCGUCUUGGGCCCGGUGUGCUGCCCGCUGUCUUUGUCUCUCUCCUCUCUCUUGGGGUACUGAUCCCUUUAUUACUCCAGUCCCAUGGGCAAGCCCUUAUGUACCUUCCUCCCACCCCUGGGGGCCCAGUGGAACUCCUGACCUGUCUGUUGUCUCCCUCAUCCCAUCAUCCCCACCCCCACCCUUCCAUCCCAUUCUCAGCCAUGGGCAUGGUGGGAAAAAGCCCUUGAAGAGGCUUGGUCUCUGAUAGGUGUUUGGGAACCCCUUCCCCAUCACUCCCUCCCCCAUCAUAUGAGCUGUGAUCCCCCACUCCACCCCUGACCCUCCCCCAUCACUCUUGGUGAUGCGGGGUGUAUGUGUGUGUUUCUCUGCGUGUGUGAGUGAGUGCACGUGGUGGGGGAGGAGCAAGGGAGACUCAGGAGCUCUAGAGAGGCAGCUGUCCCAAUCCCUGCUGUGGAAGUGGGGGACAGGGCCCUCUCCUGGGGGCCAUUGGUGCUAAUGAGGGGGAUGGCCUUGACAUGGGUGCUUAGCAAGCCUCCCCCAGUAUUGGCCCGGGGCGCUAGGGCAGACAGGAUGGGGCAGCAGGUGCAGUAUUGGGACGAGGGGCCACUGGGAAUAGGAUGAGGGGUCCAGGCCAGGACAAGGGGGUGUCAGAGCCAUGACCACUACCCCGCCCCCUCCACCUGCCUCUCCAUCUCAGUAUUCCCCCUCCCAUCACUCAUAACACACAUACCUCAUCCAGCCUCCUCUCUGCUCAGACUUGGGGAGGGUGGGGGAGGAGGAGCCCCCUACCCCUUCCCCUGGUGGCGGGUCUCUAGGGCUGGGAGAGGGCAGGGCGUGUGAGACAGACACCGUCCAUAAGGGGGACAGGACUUCCUGCCCCUGGGAACUCCUGGGUGGGGGGAGGAGGACACUGCCCAGAGGCGCUACUGAAUGUAUGAGAAGCUGGUGCUGAGGUAGGGGAGGGGAGUUGUGGCCAGAACAGGGAAGGAGGUGGUAGGUCCCUUCCCCAGGGAGGGGUGGGACCGGUAGGGGUGACUUGGGGGGCCUCCUACUCCUGCCCCACGUUGACAAUCAGUAUGUCUGUUAUGUGCGAUUUUUCACCCCGUUGUGUUUUGGGUCAGGAUUUUAAAGAAAGAUAUUUUUAUGGUAAUUGUUGCUCGUCUAUUUUACUAUAUAUUUAUGUAAUAAAUAUAUGAUGAAAAUAA